UCUAAUAGCAGAGAUUUUUCUCAGUCAUCCUGUCACACCCUUCCCAACUAGAAUGAAAGUGAAAGAAAACCAGGAGAAUGUAUAGACCCUACAGAUGCUGCUAUAGCCCCCUCACUGCAGAUGCUGAUCUGCCUCAAAGCUGUACGGACCUGCUGCCCGGUUCUGGGUCGGAGUGAGAGCAAUUUGGGCUGGACGGUGCCUCCUGGCUGGAACAACAAACUUCCUUUAGAGUGCCUCUAACUGGAAAUAUGCUGUUUUCUUUUAUAAUACUGGCUUUGCUGGUCGGCAUAGCAUUACUACUUCUAUGUGGAAAGCAUCUAUUGCCGUUUUUAUCACUGGCCCUUUUGACUGGCGUAGCAGUAUAUGGUCUGACUGGAAAGAUUCUUCUAGGACUCCUAGUAUUGACCAUUCUGGUCAGCUCAGAAUUAUAUGAACAGCGUAACACUCUUAAAAAUGAAAUAGCCCCUCAGGUCAAAAACCUGAUACAUGAUCAGAGUAACGCUGUGAAAAAUGCAAUAGCCCCUCUGGUCAAAAAACUGAUACAUGAUCAGAUUAACACUCUAAAAAAUGCAAUAGCCCAUCAGGUCAAUAAACUGAUACAAGGAGCAAUAUUUUCUGCUCUGCUCGGCAUCGGAUUAUUUGCUCUAACUGGAAGUCUUUUAUCAUCGUUGUUAUCAUCAGGCCUUCUGCUCGGUGCAGGAUUGUUGCCUGGAACUCGAAGCCUUCUAACAUCAUUAUCAUCGGCCCUUCAGAGUGUAUUGUCAGGUCUGUGGGACAAAAUAAAAAACGUAUGGUCCAAUCUUAAGAGUGAGGUCAGCAAAGCAUCGUCUAGUGUUGGUGAUAAACUUAACACUUCAAACGAGAUCCAAAAUAUCAACAAAGCAUUGUCAGGUCCAAUGGGAACGGCUUUGAAAAUCGCUUUGGCCGGCGCAGUAUUAUUCAUUGUUUCUGGAAUAUUGCUGGCCGUACUGCUCAUCGUAAUAUUAUGUUAUAUUGGAGAGCUUCUCAUUGCAUUGUUACUAUUGGUCCUUGUGAUCCUCAUCAUAUUAUUGGGUCUCAGUAGAAACCUUCUCAUAGGCGUGAUAAUAGUGUCCCUUCUGGGCUGCGCAAAAUUAUAUAGUCAACGUGAGAUUCUUGAAAAAGAACUUGGAAAACUUUCCAAAUUUAAAAAAUGUCAAAUGGCUUAUAAGUAUAUCCCAAAAAUAUUGGGUCACAGACAAAGCAUAACAUUGGUAUUAUUGGCUGCUCUGGUCGGCGCAGUAUUCUUCAAUCUCAUUUCAAGGCUGCUCAUGCUGGUGGUAACAUAGGCCUUUCUGGGAGGCACAGCAUUAUGUGAUUCAUCUUUCUUGAAGGAAACCAGCAUUGUGAUAAUAAUGGGCCCUGUUUGCUUUCUGCCAGCGUAUUAGUGAGGGACAUGCAAGAUUUGUGGAUUUAUUACACUUUGAGGAUCAUUGUCUUACAUAGAUUCACUUUUUGUUCCUUAAAAAUAAUUGUAUUUU